AUGAUAUCUCUUAGGAAACUUCCUCUAUUCAUCUUUGUUGUAUACUCCUGGCAAUGUUCCGGCAACUAUGUGAGUGCACUAAGCACAUUAGCUGAUAGCACGUCCAUGGAAAGUCUAUUUACCAAAGUGCAGAAGACCAAAUUUGAUAAGAAUGGGAACGCUGACAAAUUAACCAAUUAUGACAAUUCCAUGGAAAGUCUAUUUGACCGUUCCAUGGACAGCAUAACUGACAAUUCCAUGGAAAGUCCAUUUGACCGUUCCAUGGAAAGUCUCUUUCCCAAAAGGAGAGAUUUUCAUGGUGAUUAUGAAGAUACUAUACCCACAGACACUUACUCACAAAAAGGUGGAUACACCGACACACAUUACAACAAUUCCGGCGAAGAUUUAUACCAUGUAAUGUACAAAAAUAAUGGACAUGGACAGACAAAGGCAAAGGCCAAAACAGGAGUACAUUUACCCAUGUUCGAUGAAUAUCCCACAGAAGAACAUAAAUAUUAUAGCAAUUCUAACAAUUUCCACAGGGGAAAUACUACGAAACCUAAAAUACACAAAGGUAUAUCAUCUAUAUGCAACUUCUUCGACAAAAUCGAUGCCAAGUUCGAAUCCGAAAUGAAACGUUAUUUGGACAUUGAGGAGGAAGAAAAACACAAAUAUUCCGUUAGAAAAUUAAAGGGGACAGGAAAAUUAUCUCAUUUUUUCAGCAAGUAUAGAGUGUUUGCUCCUCUUGGUGUGCUUGGAAUAAUUUCCCUGUUAAUUUUAACAUCCCUUGUAGAAAUGAAAUUCUUCGCUACAUCAUCUGUACUACUAUCUUUAGGCUCAGCUUCGUCCAGCACAACACUUUUCUAUCCUGUACUCUUUGUUAUGUUCUAUGUAUUGCCCCUUAUGGCCGCUGCUUUGAUUUGUGGUGGAUAUGGCCUUCUGUUAUUUUACUACAUACGCAAAUUGAACAAAAUGGGACGCUCCAGAAAAUAUAUAAAAAAAUUAAGUGCCAUGAGGAAUAAGGACGACGAAUAA